AUGACCUCUCUCCAAAGCAGUCUGUAUGAUGAUUUAAGCGGUUUGUUAAUGGCCUUGACUUCCUUUUACCGCCUAUACCUUGAAAUUUCCAGAUUUUUCAUCAAGGGGUCCAAAGGUUUAAGUUCUUUCCACAAUAUGUAUAUGAAUGAUAAACCCCCAUAUACCUUUAAAGAGAUAGCUGAACAGCUCGUCUCAUUUUUUGAGAAAGGGGCUGAUACAUUGAACUUUGAAAAGGUAUCAGAGCUUCAACCAAAAUGCAGUCCGGGGGUCAUAUUGUCAUUCUUCUCAUCUAUUCCAGUGUUCAUGAAAUACCUCGUAAAAUAUUUUAAGCAACCUGCAGUCCAAUUACAUAUUAUCAUAGAUGAGAGGUUCGCCUUUUGGAUGCCUUUUUUUGUCGAGAAUGAAAGUGUGAAGAUAGAUAAAGUAAAAUUGGAUGCUUACAUUAGGAAAUUACAUGUGAUGUUUCAAUCUGACUUCAGUAACGACCCCGGGAAAAUGGAUUCGGAGGAGGGGUUUGAUAUCAUAUCAACUGCAGUAAAUGCACCUGUGAUAUCUAUUGCGCUCGACUCGGCAAUAAAGACAUUACACUUAAUACUUGAUGGUAAAGAUACGGUGAGGCAUUACCAAUUCAGUUUUCAAUAUUUAGAGAAAAUGGAGAAAUUUUCCAACGAAUAUGUUAACGUUUCUAAUAGCAAACUUGAAUCGAGUUUUUCAGCCGUACGUGAUGUUGUCGGAAUUCGCAGGCUGAGUUUGGAACAAAAUAAAAUGAUAACCUAUUUGAGGAUAAAAUCUUACUUAACUGCCACUAAUGGUGACAAUGUUUUCAUUUUAACCAAAAAGGAUGGCAACGAAUCAUUUCAAUCAACUCUUCCUUUGCUGUUCUUGAGUAGUUCCACUUCCAGCAACAUAAGUGAGUGCCUCGGGACUACAACGCAAAUCCUUGACUCGAACAGACCUCAAGAACAAGCAGAAACAGAAAUUUAUGGACCAGAAAUUGAAAAUAUUUUGAAUGGCAUUGAAGCCUCUGAUAAUGUGAUUUUGUUUGGAGAGGAACAGGAUGAUUGUGGUUAUCCUUAA